UUUCUCAGCAGCUGAGUGCUGUCACUGUUUUGAUUUUGUUCAGGUUCUGCUGUCACACUAAACUGUACAGACUGAGAACAUGGCAGAAAGUAGAGAAAACAGCUGAAAGAAAAUAGUAACGAUGAAAAAUUGAAAUCUGAUUUUUCUAUUAGCUGGGCGUGCUUCCUUCUACUUUUAACACUUCUUUUUUCAGCAGAGGCACACUGCGCUUUUACGCACGAGUCUAGAGGCACUGUGUCACAGAGCAGAGUGCCAUGCAGACCUUCAGUGUAUGACGGUGUCCCAGGCACAAGUAUCACUGCUGCUACAAGAUGAUCCUGCUGCUCGCUUUGCUUUCUGUUCUCUGCGGAGAACCAAGUCUGUGCCUGGAGGAGUAUGGAGGCUUUACCUUUGAUGGAGACAUCCGCCAAUUUGCCGUUACUUCCAACACGCUUUAUAUCGCCACAGAGGAGAGGCUGUACCAGCUGAGCCAUGAUCUGACUCUGAUCAACAGUCUGACCCAGAGAGGAAUCUUAAAGACCGGAAACCAACAGGAUGAUGUUCAGUUUUACCGGGUUUCUGACACAGCUGAGUGGAACGAUACUUUCAGCAUCAACGUGUUGUUGCCUUUCACAAAGAAUGACUCUCUGAUCAGCUGCGGUGGGACUGACGAUGACUGCGGUCACUGCGACGUUCUGGACCUAAAGAACAUCUCCAAGCUUCUGUACAGAGAACACAUCCAGGUGGGACCUCUGAAGAGCAGCAGCAGGUCAGUCAGCUUUCUGGUGGAUGUGAAGAAGAAAACAGAAAAUGACACGUAUAUUCUCACUGCGAUACAGAAGAAAGGGACGUUUGAAAAGAGGUGCCCUUCAGAUUCCGAAACUAUCAACCUUCAUAAUACAGAUAACAAACAGGGUGGAGGUUUAUUUUCUCUAACUGAUGGAGCUUCGGGCACGCCUAAGAUUAAAAAUAAAGGUGAUGUGGAGUUUGUUGACGGGUUUCAGAUUAAAUCAACCAUCUAUCUGUUCUCCAACGUGCUCUCAGCUCAGACAAACAGAGUCCGCCUCAUUUGGCUCAAAGGCGAAAAAAGUAAAACUGAUACACUCAAGUCUCUGCGGGGCGCGACUCUCAGUGUCUCUGACGGUGAAAGCAGCAGACUCGUGGCCUCCUCGGUCAUCCCGGGGGAGCAGCCAGUGCUUUGGAGCGGCGUGUUCAGUGUGGAUGGAGGAGACACCGACACCGAGCUGAUGGUGUUUGACAUCAGCCCUGAUUACAGCAGAGCAGGGGACAGAGAUCCAGACUUCUACACCUCUGUGCCAUCAGAAGUGACGGUGACGGUCCUGAAACCAAAGGCAGUCCUCUUCAGGCACAGCUACAUGACCUCUGUGCUGGCAGUGAGGCAGAGAGGCUGGAUGGUUUUCUUCAUUGGGACAGGAGACGGGCAGCUCAUUAAGCUGUCUGUGGACAGGAAGUAUCACGCCGCCUGUCCCACGGUGCUCUACAGGACCAGUGAUGACCGCAAAGUGAUUCCCAAAUUACAUCUGGAUCCAGUGGAUCGUAAACAUGUGUAUGUGCCAUUUAGAAACCAGAUGAAGCGAGUUCCUGUGUCAAAAUACAGCACGUACACAAAUGUGCAGGAGUGUUGGUCUGCACAGGAUGCAUACUGUGGUUGGUGUGGCUCUAAAAGCAGCUGCACAUUUGAAGAUGACUGCACAGAUUCAGACUGGCUGUCCAUUCCUGAUGAGUCCCAACACAAAAUGAUUUCCCACAAAGUUGAAAAGGACACAAAUGGACAGGUUUUACUAAAAAUCCACACACACCUGACUGUGGGCCAGAAAGUGUCAUCCAACUUUACCUGUCAGUUCGCUGCAAGGUCCGGCUCAAUUUGUGCUCCGAAUAACCCUCCUCCACAGUUCCCACAAUGCACCUGCAUCCUGUCUGAUCGUACACUUCCUGCUGAUGGUCUGCAUGUCACAGUGAAAUUUAGACUUGGUUCAACACAACUAUCAGAACAGCUGAGGUUGACCAACUGCUCUGACAUCAGUGGACCACCAAGUUCAGUCUUGUGUCAGCAGUGCGUCAAAGCUGGUUGUAGAUGGAACAUAAACAGAUGUUCCUGGGCCGAUCAAACAGAGAUCAAUGACAGUGUUUGCCAAAAUGUGCAGUCUGGGAAGAACUUCUCUAUCCCAGAGAUCUCCUCCAUCACUCCCAGUGUGGUGUCUUUCUACGGUAGAAACCACGCAGUGCUGUCAGGUCGUAACCUCGAUGAUGUGACUGCAGUGAGGAUCCAGGCAGAUACUGACUGUACUCCAAAAGAAUCUCCUGUUUGGGACAACACUGGUUUCAGUCUGAUGUUCCACAUUCCCACUUCAGAUAUCAAAGGUGUGGUCAACGUAUGUCUUCUCCUCCCAGAUGGUCGUUGCCAUGGAAAAGCUAAAAUCACCUACAGCUCAUUACCAUCAUGCACCAACAUUACUCCCAGCAGCAGCUGGAUCAGUGGGAAGAGGAAGAUCACACUCAUGGGGUCUCACCUUAACUUUGUUGAAGGGCUCGUCCACAGCCACGCAAUGCAGGAUGUCAGACUUCCCAGAAACAUCAGCUCUCAGUACCUCACCUACGAUUCACCUGCAGCUAGGAGUUUUUCUAGCAGCACUCUGUUUGUGAAACUAGCCAAUGAAACCUUAGCCUGCUCCACAAAACUCUCCUACGUUCCAGACCCUGAGUUUACCAGCUUCACAGUUAUAAGGACAGGGGAAGAUGUGCGCAUCACCAUUCAGAAAAAAGAAGACAACCUGGAGAUGAUGAUAGAAGAGUUAUCAGUGUGGGGCGUUCAAGACAAUACAAAAUACCAGUGCAUCGUGGAAGCCAAAGAAACCUGGACCAACACUGACUUUUUCACCUGUGGAUUUAAAAGCCCAUCCAACCAUGAAUUUGAGGAGUUACUGAUAAAGUAUGGUGACAGGACAGUAAGUCUUGGGCUUGAGUCCCAGUUACACAAAGCCCUUCAGAUAUUGCGUUUCAUGCUGAUACCCUGUGUUAUUGCAGUGUUGGUGAUUAUCUAUUUCUGGCAGAAGAGACUCACCGUUGAGAUGAAUAAGCUCUGACCACUGACCAGCCUGAGUGUUCUUGGGAAAAGUUUGUCUUAGGAUAGACAUUGUAAAGCUUCCUGCAGAGUUUGCUUUGUUUUAUUUUUUCUUUCUCUCUUUACGAUUUUAAUUAUACUGCAAAUGUGUUUUAACUGAAAUCAUAUUAUCAGGACACAAAUAACAAAUUAUUUCAUCUGUUGUAUCCUUUAUCUUUUGCAUAUUUAGUGUAACAGGUUUUAAAUGUGAUGUUUUUUCUUACAAGUAAAAAAUAUGUGGGACAUCUGGGUCCAUAAGUAUUUGGACAACUACACAAUUUUUGCUUCAGUUCAUGAAGUUUAACAAAAUUAUUACAAAGCUAUUUAGGAACUGAAACUAUUUUUCUUUGUAGUUUCCAUUUUCAGAUACUUUGGUUCUUCAUAAACGGGCAAAAUAAACUUUUAUUUCAUGCUAAAUGUUGUAGGCCAACAGUGACCCCUGGUGGCUAAAAUGAAUUUGGAGGUUUUACACCUCACAGGAUUUGUGUUAA